AUAGAAAUAAAGUUCUGAUUUUCAGUUUGUGUCGGGUAUAUGGUUACUCCUCUUUAUUGGUUUGCCAGCCGUAUCUAUCUAUGGAACUCUAUUCGAAUACUCCCGAUUGACAUCUGCAUUACUGGGACCUACUCUAAAACCACUCUUCGCUUCAGGCGUAGCAAUAGGCCUGUUUGGAAUGAUCCAUGGUUUGGGAGGUAUCAUUAAAAAAAUGUGUGAAUGGGACUAUGCAGAAUUUGUUGCCAGAUGGUCAUAUAGCACGUAUCUCAUCCAUUUUUUCAUUGUCUUCGGAAGGCAUCUACUUAAGGAAGGAUUGGAAGAAAUUUCCCAUGAAAUAAUGUUCACAUCAGCUGUUUCGGACAUAAUUCAGUCAUUUAUUGCUGGACUGGUGCUCCACCUCACGAUAGAACGUCCAAUGGCGUACGUUUUUAUGGGCGUUUUGUCUAAGAAAAACCUCAAAGAAGCUAGAGGAGUACAGAAAACCAAAUAAAUAAAAUGAAUUCAUUUGUUUAUGUAGAUGUAAGAGUAAUUUGUUUAAUAUAUUUUUUACGAAAUCUAAGUUUAUUUAUCAAU